CAGGACAAUUCCACCGGUGGCCAGUGAAGAGAGGACGCGUCCCCUUCGGUCUUCGCACACAUCUUUUCCAGAACCCGCAGAACCAUGUUCCUUCUCCGAAGGUUCUGGCCGACUCUGGUCGCCUCCACGUCGUGGCGCCAGAGCCAGGUAUGGGCAUCUUUUGGCACAGGUCCCAAAGACACUGAUGGGACAUUCUAUGAAUUUCGUACUUAUAUCAUACAACCAGCAAAGAUGAAUGAAUUCCUGAAAAACACUGAGGAACAUAUUCACCUUCGUACAGCUCACUCUGAAUUAGUUGGAUAUUGGAUUCAAGAGUUUGGCGGUGUGAUUAAUAGAGUGUUUCAUAUUUGGAAAUUUGAUAAUUUUGCUCAUCGAACUAAAGUUCGGAAAGCCUUAGCUAAGGAUAAAGAAUGGCAAGAAAAAUAUAUUUCCCGAAACCUACCAUUUAUGAUUGAACAGAAGAAUGAAGUUGUAUAUGUAGUACCAUGGAGCAAAAUAGAAAAACCUCCUAAAGAAGGAGUCUAUGAACUUUGUACCUUUCACAUGAAGCCUGGCGGGCCAAUUUUGUGGGGUGAAGACUUUAAAAAAUCAGUGAAUAGCCAUGUCCAAGUAGGCUAUUCAAAACUGAUUGGAGUUUUCCACACCGAAUAUGGAGCACUUAAUAAAGUUCAUGUUCUUUGGUGGAAUGAGUCAGCAGACAGUCGUGCAGCUGGAAGACAAAUUGCCCACCAAGAUGCCCGAGUGGUGGCAGCUGUUCGAGAGAGUUGUAGUCACCUGGAAUCUCAUGAAAAUAUGCUCCUCAUUCCAGCAUCAUUUUCACCACUGAAAUAAUUCUCUGAAGAAAUAUGAAGAUACUUAUUGUAUCCACAUUAUAUCAUCAGUUUCUAAUAAAAUUCCUUAAGUUCACCCAA